AUGUCGUGUGUCCACUAUAAGUUCUCCUCCCAGCUGAACUAUGCCACGGUCACCUUCAACGGCCUCCACAUCUCCCUGUGCGACCUCAAGCGCCAGAUCAUGGGCCGCGAGAAGCUGAAGGCGGCCAACUGCGACCUGCAGAUCACCAACGCCCAGAGCAAAGAAGAAUACACCGAUGAUCAGGCCCUGAUUCCUAAGAACUCCUCAGUAAUCGUUAGAAGAAUCCCUGCGGGAGGAGUUAAAGCUACCAGCAAAACCUGUGUUCUAAGUCGAACUGCGCCAGUGAGCGGAACACCAAAAGCGGUAUGUAAAAACACAAUCUCAGGCUUUUUCCUACACACUGCACUUCAUUCUAAACAAUGUAGCCUUAUUGAUGACCCUUUUGCACCUCUUUCGCUGGCCCAGCUUAUUAAGACCGCCGAUCUGGCUGAAGCCAAUGCUUCUGAAGAAGAGAAAAUAAAAGCUAUGAUGAUGCAGUCUUGCUGUGCGUAUGAUCCAAUCAAUUACAUGAAGAAACCCUUGGCUCCGCCUCCACCAUCAUAUACUUGCUUUCGUUGCGGAAAACCGGGCCACUAUAGGAAGAACUGCCCAACAACUGGGGACAAAAAUUUUGAGUCUGUUCCCAGAAUUAAAAUGAGCACCGGAAUUCCAAGGAGUUUCAUGAUGGAGGUGGAAGAUCCCAAUACAAAGGGUGCUAUGCUGACAAGCAGGGGAAAAUAUGCAAUCCCAACGAUUAAUGCGGAAGCUUAUGCUAGAGAAAAGAAGGAAAAGCCUCCCUUUCUACCAGAGGAGCCCUCUUCCUCCUCCUCUUUCUCCUCCUCCACCCUCUCAGAUGAUCCUCUUCCAGAGGAGCUGUCAUGUGUCAUUUGUAAAGAUAUAAUGACUGAUGCCGCUGUUAUUCCCUGCUGUGGAAACAGUUUUUGUGACGAAUGUAUUAGAACAGUGUUACUGGACUCUGAGGAACAUACAUGCCCAACGUGUCAUCAGACAGAUGUUUCUCCUGAUUCUUUAAUUGCCAACCAGUUCCUACGCAAGAUUCAACAGCCACAGCAGCCGCCACUGCCGCCACCUCCACCACCGCUCAUGACUGUUAUAUCUCCUGCUGCUCUGAUAAAUCAAAACAAAACCCAGGACCCAUCCCUCGUUUCCUCCACCACUCCAUGCACUCCUCUUCCGCUGCGGGUACCACCACCGCAGUUUCCUGCUCAUUUUCCACCUGGUCAGCCUCCAUCUGCUGGGGAAGAGAAAAAGUCCAAGCCUGAGGAGUUUACAGAUGAUUUUGCUAAGGAGCUGAUGGAAUAUAAAAAGAUUCAAGAGGAGCGCAGGCGCUCGUUUUCCAGGUCCAAGUCUCCCUAUAGGGCUUCAUCUCCUAAGAAAGGCAGUAUCAGAAAACGAGCUGAAGCUUCCCAAGGGAAGGCAGAGAGAGAUUGUGAAAAAUCUCCGCGAAUGGAACCACCUGUGAAAAAAGUGAAGGGGCAGUCGCCAAAGACAGGCAGUGUCAAAACAUCUUCCUCUUAA